AUGUGUAGAAAACGAAUAGGUAGUUGGUUAAGGGCAGCUACCAAAGAUCGAAACUUGGUAAAUAAUGAGUUGUGGGCCAUCAUACAAAAGCGUUUUCCGGAACAAGUUCAAGCAAAAUUAAGUGGUGCAGAUGAUGGGAUCGAAGAAAAUGUUCUUGGUCGGGGAUCAACACGUAUCAGUUCGCCAGGGCAGAUUCGUAGAGAAUUUGAAUUACAUAUUCGCAAGUUGGAAGAAGAAACCCAGAAGAAAUUGGAAGUGGAACGUCGGGCAACCGAGGAUCUUAUACGUACAAUUCAGCUUUUACAUGCCACAGUAGGCACAUUAUAUCUGGAAGUAUGUGUGUCAUCACAGUUACGGCAGAAUCUGUUCUACGAGGAAGAGGAAAGGCAAUACCGUGCAGCAAGACAGCAGCUAUUGGACCAGACGGCAGCUGAUGAACGGAUCGCAAAAGAGCUGCAGGAAGAGUCAUUACAGAGCACAAGUCAAACUGAUUUGAGUGUCAGAGAAGAGACUAGUGGACCGCAUGUUCGAAUGGAUAACAAGGAAAACAAAAGUCAGGCCCGUGGGGGCGUAGGGACAGAAAUAAAGGGACCUAUGGAUUCGUAUGUAAUUUCACAGCAGAAGUCAGCAGUUUCAAGCGGCAAAUUCCUAACAACCUCUGACAGUAGCUUCAGCGCUAAGUUUGGUAGCAGUAGACUUAAAACUGUACCAGUUACAGAGAUGGAGAAUGCCCGUUGUGCAAGCAGUAUGAGUACAGGCAGCCAUGACAGCAUUAAUCAGGAAAUGCAUCAUUUUAAGCCUAUUAAGAGUGUACCCCGGACUCCACCCAAAAGAUUAUCUGAUGGCCGAGUACUUGUCCCUGUUGUAGUGAAAGCAGUUCCAGUGAAUUUAAAUACAGUGUAUGAGUCGCUUACCGAAGCCAGUGAAACGCAGUCAUUUUUUAGCACAUCAUUUAAACAACAGUUGAAGCUGCAAGUUGAACGAAUGAAAAACUUGAAGGCUGAGUUGGGGACUUCAGAAAUUAAUCCAUCAGUUUCAGCAUUUAGAGGGAAAGAAUCGUUCUUGCAGAAGACAGAGGCUUUCAAAUCCGGUAAUGACAACAGUGAAAGAGAAAUGAUUACGGAAGAUAUAGAAUCACCCAGAAAGAAAGCACGCAAAGACAUUGCCGUGGGAGGACAAAAACUUAAUUCCGCGUUGGCGGGACUGAGUUCGUACAGCGAUGAAAACUGCAAGGGGAAGAAAGUUAUAGCAAUUAUUGGUGGAGAAGGUGGCAGAUAG